AGCACAGCGCCCCCGGAGUGCCAGUGGCACGGAAAGAUUUGAGCCCGAAAUCAGCUCAGUCCAGCCUGCUGGAGGUGACUGACCGACUGGCCGGCCAGUCGGGCUGCAGGGUUUGUCGAGGAGCGAAACAAGCGGUAAAGAAAGUGAGCCGACAUGAGUGGACGAGUCGGCGAUCUGAGCCCCCGGCAGGAGGAAGCGUUGGCACAGUUUCGGGAGAACAUUCAAGACAUCCUGCCCAGCCUGCCUGCCCAACAUGACCACUUCUUAUUGCGCUGGCUCAGAGCCAGGAAUUUUAACCUUCAAAAAUCGGAAGCAAUGCUUCGCAAGCAUGUUGAAUUCCGGAAGUACAUCAAGGCAGACACGAUCCUGACAGAGUGGCAGCCCCCUGAGGUUAUUGAGCGUUAUCUCUCGGGUGGGUUAUGUGGACACGAUCGGGAUGGAUGUCCUAUUUGGUUUGAAGUUAUAGGCCCCCUGGAUCCCAAAGGGCUCCUGCUAUCUGCAUCCAAGCAGGAUUUCCUCAAAACCAAGGUGCGCGACUGUGAGAGGCUACAGAAGGAGUGCCGGCUACAGACCGAAAAGCUGGGCAAGCAUGUGGAAGCCAUCACCAUGGUCUACGACUGUGAGGGACUGGGAAUGAAGCACUUGUGGAAGCCAGCUAUGGAGGCGUUUGGGGAGGUGCUCACCAUGUUUGAAGAAAAUUACCCAGAAGGUCUUAAACGCCUGUUUGUUAUUAAAGCUCCGAAGCUUUUUCCAGUGGCAUACAACCUGAUCAAGCAUUUGCUGAGUGAGGACACACGACGGAAGAUCAUGGUGCUAGGAGGAAACUGGCAACAGGUGCUGAAAAAGUACAUUGAACCUGACAAGCUGCCAGCCUGCUAUGGUGGGACACUCACAGACCCCGAUGGAGACCCGCUCUGCAAAACCAUGAUCAAGUAUGGCGGAGAUGUCCCACGGUCCUACUAUGUACGAGAUUCCAUCAAGCCACAGUAUGAACAAACUCUGACAAUCAACCGAGGCUCGUCACAGAAGCUCGAAUACGAGAUCCUUUUCCCGGGUUGUGUGUUGAGGUGGCAGUUUUGCAGUGAAGGGGCAGACAUUGGCUUUGGCAUUUUUAUGAAGACAAAAAGUGAUGAGCGGCAGAGGGUGGGUGACAUGGUUGAGGUGGUCCCAAAUCAGCGUUAUAAUGCCCACCUUGUACCCGAAGACGAUUCCUUCACCUGUCAGGAACCUGGCGUCUAUGUGCUCCGGUUUGACAAUACCUACAGUCUGUUCCACGCUAAGAAGGUCAGCUUCAAUGUGGAGGUGCUGCUACCUGACCGAGGGGCUGAGACGCAGGCGCAGGAGACGGGGGCAGCGGCCAACUGCCAGUAAGGACCAGACUACUCUGAACCAUUGAGCUGCUACAGGACUGCUGAUUUUCUGUGGUUACUAGUGUGGGUGUACAGAUGAUUGGUAAAUGAGGAGGGUUGGGAUUACAUUCCCCUUUUUGAAGCCACAGAACCUGUUCUGAAAAGAUGAUCAUAAUGUGUUUGAUCGGGUCUUGCUUGCUAUAAACGAUACUGUCAUAAAAUCUAGGCCAGAAUGAAUGAGCUUUGAGCUGGGAAAAAAAUGAGAUAUAGGUAACAGAGGGAUGGGAAUAGAAAAGAGCCUCAGGGAUUUCAUUUUCCAGUUUGGAAAAUUAAGAGUAUUUUUGGUAAUCCGCAAUUACACCCCCAGUUUUUCUAGUCAAUCCAAAUAGAAGACGCAGACAUUAGGAUGAUAAUGCUGAUGGAAACUCUUAGUCUCAUAAUAGUAAAGUGUUAUGGCAGUCAAGAAAAUAAAUCACAGACUAGAAACCUGAAUCUACCUGUGCAGACCCCCAUUAGAAGAGAAUGAAACCCAUCGUCUUGUCACAACUAUAGAGUUCAAAGAAACAAUACAUUCUGCAUUCAGGUCCUGGCCUGGGCUCUGUCUGUGUGGAGUUUGCACCUUCUCUCCAUAUUUGUAUGAGCUUUCAUCCCCCACAUGAAGAUGUUAAUGGCCUGGCAUGACUGUCCGCCUCAUCCACAACUGAUUCCUGCCUUAUACCCAGUGCUGCUUCAGUCUCUCGUAACCGUAAUUUAAAUUAAUGAAGGAAGGGAUAAUUCAAACAAUAUCCACUAAGUAUCAUUUACAGCGGAGUGGCAUGGUGCUGGAAGAAGACGCUUCCCAUGUGGUAUCUCCAUGUUCUCCCCAUGUCCAUGUGGGUUGUCUUCUGGGUGCUCUGCUAUUCUUCCACAGUCCAAAGACGUGCAGGUUAGAACAUCAGAACACUCUAGACGAGAACAGGCCAUUCAGCCCAACAAAGCUCGCCAGUCCUAUCCACUU